AUGGAAACAAUUACAUGGCUUCCAUUAAUGUUUCUGAUUCUGUGCUCUGUGAGAGGAGAAUUUCUUCCCAACACUGAUGCUCACUUGAUGAAUUGCAUGGAGUCGGACCAAGAAGCUCUCAUUGACUUCAAGAAUGGCCUUCAUGAUCCUGUAAACAGGCUUUCUUCAUGGAAGGGAAGCAACUGUUGUCAUUGGCCUGGAAUAAGCUGUGAAAACACUACUGGAGCCGUUAUUGGAGUUGAUCUUCGGAAUCCACGUCCAACUGGGUACGAUGAUGAAUCCCUCGCAAGGUACGGAUUCUGGAACCUCAGUGGGGAAAUUAAACCUUCAUUGACGAAACUCAAGUCCUUGAGGCAUUUGGACUUGAGUUUUAACACGUUCAAUGACAACCCAAUUCCUGAUUUUUUUGGAUCUUUGAAAAACUUGCAAUAUCUGAACCUCUCACAUGCUGGGUUUAGUGGUGCAAUUCCGGUAAAUUUAGGGAACCUUUCUAGCUUGCAGUAUCUUGAUGUUUCUAGUGAUGAGAUUUGGGGUGAGUCAAGUUUAUUUGUUGAUAAUCUUGAAUGGUUAACAGGUCUUGUUUCUCUAAAGCAUCUUGUGAUUAAUGAAGUUAAUCUUUCAAUGGUAGGAUCAGACUGGAUUAGGCAACUAAAUAAGCUCCCAUCCUUAACCGAGUUGCAUCUACAGAAUUGUAGAUUAUCUGGAUCCAUUUCACCUCCUACCCUUUUAAAUUUAACUUCACUUGUUGUCCUAGAUCUUAGUUAUAACCAAUUCGAUCCAAAAGCCCUCGAUUGGCUUGUCAAUAUUAGCAGCCUUGUUACUUUGGAUAUAAGCAAUAGUGGGUUGGGUGGAAGAAUUCCACUUGGUUUAAGUGAACUACCAAAUUUGGAGUUUUUAUAUCUGGGAUACAAUGGUCUUUCAGCAAGUUGUCAUCAGUUGUUGGGGGGACGAUGGGAGAAGAUACAAGUUCUUGAUUUGAAAGAGAAUAAUCUACAUGGGAAACUUCCUGCCUCCAUUGGAAACCUGACAUUUCUCAGUCACUUAGAUCUUUCUUCCAAUAGCGUUGACGGUGGGAUUCCAAGCUCUAUUGGAAAACUUUGCAAUUUGAUUUCCUUAGGUAUGUUCAAUAAUUACAUCAAUGAAACUUUACCAAAAUUCCUUGAAGGAACAGAAAUUUGCCUUUCUAGGAGGCCAUUUCCUAUUCUGCAGUCCUUCGUUUUGUCGGAUAAUUACUUGGUUGGUAAUUUACCGGAAUGGUUGGGUCACCUUGAGAAUCUUGUUGAGCUUGAUUUGUCCUCCAACUAUCUAAAUGGUCAAAUCCCAGCUUCUUUCGGAUCACUCCAAAAUUUUUCUGGGAGGCCACUUCCUAGUCUGCACUCCUUGGACUUGUCAGACAAUCACUUGGUUGGUAAUUUACCAGAAUGGUUGGGUCAACUCGAGAAUCUUGUGGAGCUUCAUUUGUCCUAUAACUCUCUCAAUGGUAGUAUCCCAGCUUCUUUCGGAUCACUCCAAAAUCUUUCUUGGGGGCCACUACCAAAUCUGCAAUUAUUGUACCUGUCAGACAAUCAAUUGCAAAAUCUUACUGUUCUGCGUCUAGGAGAGAAUGAGCUAAAUGGGACCCUCCCAGAAAGUUUGGGACAGCUUUCUGAGUUGCGUAUCUUUGAUGUUUCAUCCAAUCAAUUGACAGGUAUAGUUACUGAAGCACAUUUUUUAAAGCUAAAAAAGCUAUCGGACUUAGAUCUGUCUUCAAACUCUUUCACCUUGGAUGUCAAAUCCGAUUGGAUUCCUCCAUUCCAGGUUUCUUCUCUUGCAAUGAGUUCCUGCCAUUUGGGCCCUUCAUUUCCGACUUGGCUCAAGUCACAAAAGCAGUGGGUCCGUUCCUAUUCCAAGUGGCAGCUUUUACUUACUCGAUCGAGUAAUAAACUUUCUGGUAAUAUUCCAAAUAAAUGGAAUCUUACCGUUGGUACCUUUGCUUUCCUUUCCAUUGCUAACAACCAGUUAAAUGGAGAAAUUCCUGCUUGGAUAGGUAACAUUGUUCCUGGAGCUGAAGUCAUUGAUCUUUCCAAUAACAGCUUAAUAGGAAGUAUUCCAUCAAGCAUUGUAAAUUGUUCUGAUCUCUCUGUACUAGACAUCAGUAAUAACCAUUUGUCUGGAACCAUUCCUACCUUCUUGGGUCAAUUAAGCGGCCUUAAAACAUUGCACCUAAAUGAUAACAAGCUCUAUGGACAGCUCCCAUCAUCUUUCCAAAACUUAUCCGGUUUGGAGACCCUAAAUCUUGGGAACAACAAAUUAAAUGGUAGAAUUCCACCAUGGAUUGGGAAUGGAUUUGAAAGUCUAAGAAUUCUUAGCUUGAGGUCUAAUUCAUUUUCAGGAGAACUUCCGGCUCUGUUAUCAAAUUUAAGUUCACUACAAGUCCUGGACUUAGCAGAAAAUCAGUUGACAGGCAGUAUUCCAGCUAGCUUUGGAAAUUUCAAAGCCAUGUUACAAGCCCAAAUCAUUAACCGUUAUCUAUUGUAUGGGGCUGCCCCUAUUUACCAAAAUGCCGCAACUAGGAAACAUCCUGAUAGCUACGUAGGUACUAUGGAGUUUGGCAACUACUAUGAAAGCUUCAUUGUAAAUAUGAAAGGCCAACUUCUAAGAUACACCAAGACCCUCUCUCUUGUAACCAUGCUAGACCUCUCAGGGAAUAACUUGAGUGGAGCUCUUCCUAUCGAGAUGACAAAUUUGUUGGGUUUGAUCGUUCUCAACUUGUCAAGAAACCAUUUCACUGGCCACAUUCCCGAAAGCAUUUCCAAGCUGAAGCAAUUGUCUUCUCUUGACCUCUCGAGUAAUAAGUUCUCCGGUGCUAUUCCUCAAAGCUUGGGGUCACUCUCAUUCCUGGGGUAUCUGAAUCUGUCAAACAAUGAAUUGUCUGGUCCUAUUCCUGAUAAAGAUCAGAUGCUCACAUUCAAUGCAUCCUCUUUUGCUGGAAAUAUUGGCCUUUGUGGUGGUCCACUUGCUGUAAAAUGUUCAGGUGAUGAUAACAAUGGGAAACUAGAUAAGGGACGGACAACUCUCAGGGAUGCUGGUAAUGGUGACAGCUUUAUUGAUAAGUGGUUUUUCUUGAGCAUUGGAUUGGGAUUUGCAGCUGGAAUUCUUGUUCCGUAUUUGAUAAUGGCGAUGAGAAAAUCUUGGAGCAUAGCCUACUUUGAUGUUGUUGAUAAAGCUGUAGAUAGAAUACUACAUCUGUGGUUGAAAUAUAGAACCACAAAGCAGAGGACUAGGGGGCAUCAGCGAAGAAGAUAAAGAUUGGGGAAGGUGAGAAGCUUCACCAAAUAUUCAAGGAGAAAGCAAAGAGGUUUUCAAUGUCAACUUUAUUUCUUUGGAAGUGAAUUUCAGGGACACUGUUGAAAGCGUGAAGGAGAAGGGUUUCCUCAUAGAUUAUAUAAUUACAAAUAGUAAAUUUCUUUUUUCUGUUUCACUAUCCCAACUUUCUGUAAUUUGUGAUGGUUUUAAAAGCUAAUCAAUACUGUAGUAAAUGUCAAUUUUCUACUAGUUUUCAGCCUCAUAAAAUUUGUGAAAAUUUCUGGUUAAGUAUUGCAAAGCAUAUUAGGUUGCAUAUUGA